CCCCCCUUUCAUCAUCAUCAUCAUCUUGUUAAUCCUCUCCGUCCAUUCCCUUCCUCAACCUCUAUAUAUAUAUAAUAACCAGCUCCUCCCUUGCUUCAACAAAUCCAAGUCUUAAUUUGUCCUCCUCUUCCAUAUUCCAACAUAUUGUUCAUCUUCCCAAAUUGCCAACUAAUUCCUCUCUUCCAUCAACUUGAACUUUAGCUGCCAAAACCUUUUGUUUGCUUCCUAUCAUCAUCAUCUUCAUCUUCAUCUUCAUCUUCAUCAAUGGCUUCUUCUUUUCAAGUCUCUAAAGAGGAGAAAUUGCAAGAGGAUCAAGAAGGUUUCUACACUUCGGAUGGAACAGUGGAUUUGCAUGGCCGUCCGGCAAUCCGUGAAAAAACAGGAAGAUGGUUUGCUGGAGGAAUCAUUCUUGUAAAUCAAGGCCUGGCUACACUAGCAUUCUUCGGAAUUGGGGUGAACUUGGUAUUGUUCCUGACAAGAGUCCUGCAACAAAACAACGCUGAUGCUGCUAACAGCGUCAGCAAAUGGACUGGAACCGUCUACAUAUUCUCACUCGUCGGUGCCUUCCUAAGUGACUCUUACUGGGGAAGAUAUAAAACAUGCGCCAUCUUCCAAGUCAUCUUUGUUGUUGGCUUGGCAGCUUUAUCACUAUCAACGCAGCUUCUCUUGCUCAAACCUAAAGGUUGUGGGAAUCAGGAAACUCCUUGUGCGCCCCAUUCAAGCUGGGUGAUUGGUUUAUUUUACAUCUCCAUUUACCUGGUUGCUCUAGGAAAUGGAGGGUACCAACCAAACAUUGCAACAUUUGGGGCUGAUCAGUUUGAUGAAGAGGAUCCAAAGGAAGGGCAUUCAAAAGUAGCCUUCUUCAGCUAUUUUUACCUGGCUUUAAACCUUGGUUCACUUUUCUCUAAUACUAUACUAGGAUACUUUGAGGAUGAAGGACUAUGGGCCCUUGGGUUUUGGAUGUCUACCGCUUCUGCCUUUGCAGCAUUGAUACUCUUCCUUACCGGCACCAAAAGAUAUCGACACUUCAGACCUAGUGGAAAUCCUCUUUCACGGUUUUGUCAGGUAUUUGUGGCAGCUACAAGGAAAUGGAGACUUGAGAUAACACAAGAUGAUGAUGAGCUAUUUGAAGCGGAAGAAAAGGGAAGUCCUACUGGCGUGAGAAAGAUGCUCCAUACACAUGGUUUCAAAUUCCUGGACAAAGCAGCAUUCAUCACCUCAAGGGAUUUCGAUAACAAGAAAGGAGGAGAAUAUGACCAGUGGCGUCUCUGCCCUAUUUCACAAGUUGAAGAAGUAAAAUGCAUACUAAGAUUGCUACCAAUUUGGCUCUGCACUGUAAUCUAUUCAGUGGUAUUUACUCAAAUGGCAUCCAUAUUCGUCGAGCAAGGUGCAGCCAUGAAGACAACAAUUUCAAACUUCCGAAUUCCUCCUGCCAGCAUGUCUAGCUUUGACAUACUUAGCGUAGCAGUUUUCAUAUUUUUCUAUAGGCGGAUCCUUGAUCCACUGGUUAGCAGGAUUAAGAACAGAGGUUCCAAAGGGCUCACUAAAACAGGAGAUUCAAAAGGGCUGACGGAACUGCAAAGAAUGGGAGUUGGGCUUGUAAUAGCUGUAAUGGCAAUGCUUUCUGCUGGAGUUGUGGAGAACUAUAGGCGCAAAUAUGCCAUCCAAGACUGCAUGAACUGUGAAGGCUCAAGUACAUUGAGCAUAUUCUGGCAGGUGCCUCAAUAUGCUCUGAUAGGUGCUUCCGAGGUUUUCAUGUAUGUAGGUCAACUGGAGUUCUUUAAUGCACAAGCACCUGAUGGACUUAAAAGUUUCGGAAGUGCACUUUGCAUGACAUCAAUUUCUCUAGGGAACUAUGUUAGCAGCUUGCUGGUGAGCAUAGUGAUGAAAAUAUCUACUAAAGGUGAUAUGUCUGGUUGGAUUCCAGUAAACCUCAACUCUGGUCAUUUAGACAAUUUUUACUUUCUCUUGGCUGGUUUGACAAUACUGGAUUUAGUGCUCUACAUUGCCUGCGCUAGAUGGUACAAAAAUGUCAAGAUCGAAGGGAAAUGUAUCAAAGACACUGAGGAGGAUUAUGGAGUGUGAUACAUGUAUAACAAGACUGGAAUGUGUUCCCAGGAUGUGAUUUGAGACCAUCUAAAUAAGAGCAGGAGUUGGCAGGGUGGCAGCAGCAGAAGAUUGUUUGUACAGUUUUCUUUCAAGAUCGAUUAUGAGUUUGACUAAGGCCCUCUUAACAGCAGAUUCAGAAGAACCAUGAAGAUGAUUUAUGUACGUGAUAGAUAGUCUGGGUUCUGUUUCCACCUCCAUUUGUUUAUCAUUUUGUAUUAGUAAACUUUAAUUUCUUAGUCCUCUUUAGUCUGUUCCAUUAAGAGAUAAAUCUGGACUUCACCACUGAGUAGUCGAUUCUCCAAGGUUCAGAUAAUCAUUACAUCUGACAGUACACCCUAUAUGAAUUACUCUAUUCAUGUUUUCUUCCACUCUAUAAUUCAGGAGAACAUUAGGCAGAGAAAAAGAAGAAUAUGGAUCAAUAACAUAAUGAUUAACAGCUCAAAAGUAACAGUAUAUCAUUGCUAGUAUUUGCUUGCUGUCAAAUGGCCGAGAUGAUAUCCAAAGAAC